CAGUAUACACAAGGACAAAGUAGAGUUAACUCAACUUUGUCUAGCUAUUAAUACAUUGUAAGAGUAUUUGUGUAAUUCUGCCCCUGACUUCAAUUACAAACUCUUAUUUCUCGGUCUAACUUGAUAAUCUUUGAGAAAUAGGCCUCUUUUCGACUUUAAUCUCACAGGAACACGUUGUUGAGAAAUCAAUAGACACGAUGGACCCUGAAGAAGGUGUAUCAGCCCCUUCAACACCAGCAACUCCGGGAACGCCUGGUGCUCCUCUCUUUGGUGGAUUGAUCAAGCAUGAGAGGAGAAACGGAGGGAAUGGCAAAAAAUCCUUUCUUAAGAGCUGUAAAUGCUUCAGUGUCGAACCAUGGGCAUCGGAAGAAGGAACCUUGCCUGCUGUUUCAUGCAUGUUACCUCCUCCUCCUGUUUCAUUAGCUAGAAAGGUGGGAGCAGAGUUUAUAGGUACUCUGAUACUGAUAUUUGCUGGGACAGCCACAGCCAUAGUGAACCAGAAGACACAAGGCUCUGAAACAUUAUUUGGACUGGCAGCCUCGACGGGCCUCGCUGUAAUGAUUGUGAUUCUGUCAACUGGCCACAUCUCUGGAGCUCAUCUCAACCCUGCUGUGACUAUUGGUUUUGCUGCUCUCAAACAUUUCCCCUGGAAACAUGUUCCUGUGUACAUUGGAGCACAAAUUAUAGCAUCAUUUUGUGCUGCAUUCACAUUGAAGGUAGUUUUGCACCCAAUAAUGGGUGGUGGAGUCACUGUUCCUUCUGGUAGUUAUGUUCAAGCUUUUGCUUUGGAACUCAUCAUCAGCUUCAAUCUCAUGUUCGUUGUCACUGCCGUGGCCACUGACACUAGAGCUGUAGGAGAGCUUGCGGGAAUUGCUGUAGGAGCCACUGUCAUGCUCAACAUACUAAUAGCAGGGGAGACAACUGGGGCUUCAAUGAAUCCAGUGAGAACCCUCGGACCAGCAGUAGCAGUAGGAAACUAUAAAGCCAUCUGGAUCUACCUCACUGCUCCAAUUCUCGGAGCUCUCAUUGGGGCAGGAGUUUACUCUGCUGUCAAACUGCCUGAUGAAGUCGGAGACAAUCAUCCAAAGCCUUCCCUGGAACAUAGUUUCAGAAGGUAAUUCAUCAGUAACACCAUCAAACCAUGAUAAUCGUCUAUAUUAGUAGAUGGUGUGCAGUUCUAUGAAUGUAAAAACAUCUGGAAGGCAAGGGUGGGUUGAAUAAAACAAAAUCUUUCCACUCUCUUCAAAUGUACAGAUUUUGAGCAAGAUAUAACUUAUCAAAGAACAGAUUCGAGCAAGAUAUAGUGACAGAGAGAGAAAAGAAAGGAAUGAACAUUGGUGAGCUACUAUUGACAAAACUUAUGCGAUGUGUAGAAUUGGUGAGUUUUUACUGGAUUGUAAAAGAGAUUUCUGUAUAACGUGUCUAAGUUGACAGAACUAGUGCCAAAUGAAGUGCAUAUUCUUUUUCUUAUUCAUUUGUCUGAAAUCUUGGAUGGGUAUGAAGUACAACUAAGAGUCUCCUACAUUGUCUCUUCU